GGCUCUGCGGCCGCUGUGAGACCGCAGGGAAUCGGAACAGACCCGGGGGAACCUUUUGGUUAAAGGAUUGUGUGAAAUGGUUUUCCUAUGUUGAACUCCAGCUUGGAUUGCCUCGUGGCUGCACGUUGAGAACUUUAUAAAAAGCAGGAAGUCGAGAUGAAGAGCCGGGUGACACAAGUAAAUCAUGGUUCCAGUCAUGACAGGAGGGAAAACCACAGUUCCCGACAUGAGAGUUUGUCUCCAGAGGACAGGGAUAUGGAGCGUGAUAGGUCUCGGUCUCGAUCUCCCAGGAAGAGGAGAUACUCUGAUGACAGCAGAUAUGAUGAGGAAUAUUCAAGACGGGAAUACUAUGAUGACAGAACUUCAGAUGGAAGAGGGAUGGAGAGGGGGAGAGACAGGCACUAUGAGAGGUGGGAGGACAGAGACUACGAUCGAAGGAAGCAGAGACGGUACUCGUCACCUGACCGCAGGAGUCCGGAGAGGUCGACAGGCCAGAGCUCACUUGCUCAUGAUGAGACCACCUCAAAGAAGAAGAAAGAAGAGGUGGAUCCAAUCCUCACUCGCACAGGUGGUGCAUAUAUUCCACCUGCCAAGCUCAGGAUGAUGCAAGAGCAAAUCACUGAUAAAAAUAGCUUGGCAUACCAGAGGAUGAGUUGGGAAGCCUUGAAGAAGUCGAUCAAUGGUCUUGUCAACAAAGUGAACGUUUCUAAUAUAGAAAACAUCAUUCACGAGCUCCUUCAGGAGAAUAUUGUUCGGGGAAGGGGAUUGCUGUCUAGAUCCAUUUUGCAAGCUCAGAGUGCCUCUCCGAUUUUUACUCACGUUUACGCAGCUCUUGUGGCAAUCAUCAAUUCCAAGUUUCCAAAUAUUGGUGAAUUGAUCCUCAAGAGGCUGAUACUGAAUUUUCGUAAAGGGUAUCGCAGAAAUGACAAGCAACUCUGUCUAACGUCUUCGAAAUUUGUUGCACAUUUGAUGAAUCAGAAUGUGGCUCACGAGGUUUUAUGUUUGGAAAUGCUCACUUUACUGCUUGAAAGGCCUACUGAUGACAGUAUUGAAGUAGCAAUUGGAUUUAUUAAAGAGAGCGGGCUCAAAUUAACAGAAGUUUCUCCUAGAGGUAUUAAUGCAAUCUUUGAUCGCCUUCGACACAUUCUGCACGAAUCCAAAAUCGAUAUGCGCGUUCAGUACAUGAUAGAAGUCAUGUUUGCUGUACGCAAGGAUGGCUUCAAGGAUCAUCCAAUCAUUCCAGAGGGAUUAGAUCUCGUGGAAGAGGAGGAUCAGUUUACUCAUAUGUUGCCAUUGGAAGAUGACUACAACCCAGAGGAUGUUCUUAAUGUUUUCAAGAUGGAUCCAAACUUUAUGGAAAAUGAAGAGAAAUACAAAAUGCUGAAGAAAGAAAUUCUUGAUGAAGGUGACACUGAAUCUGAAGGAAAUCAAGAAGCUGGAAGUAGUGAAGAAGAUGAAGACGACGAUGAAGAGGAGGAUGAGGAUGGUCAGAAAGUUACUGUCCAUGACAAAACAGAAAUUAACCUGGUCUCCUUCCGUCGUACAAUUUAUCUGGCUAUUCAGUCAAGCUUAGACUUUGAAGAAUGUGCUCACAAACUGCUGAAGAUGGACUUCCCUGAAAGUCAGACUAAAGAACUCUGCAAUAUGAUACUUGACUGCUGUGCUCAGCAAAGAACAUAUGAGAAAUUCUUUGGGUUACUGGCAGGGCGUUUCUGCAUGCUCAAGAAAGAAUACAUGGAGUCCUUUGAAGCCAUUUUCAAGGAGCAGUACGAUACCAUUCAUCGGCUGGAAACCAACAAACUGAGGAAUGUGGCCAAGAUGUUUGCUCAUCUCCUGUACACUGAUUCAAUUCCCUGGAGUGUCCUUGAAUGUAUAAUACUGAGUGAAGAAACUACCACAUCCUCCAGUAGAAUUUUUGUCAAAAUAUUCUUUCAGGAACUCAGUGAAUAUAUGGGACUUCCAAAUUUAAAUGCGAGAUUAAAAGAUGUGACACUGCAGCCUUUCUUUGAGGGAUUGUUGCCUCGGGAUAACCCAAGGAACACUCGCUUUGCCAUCAAUUUCUUCACUUCCAUUGGCCUUGGAGGACUAACGGAUGAAUUACGGGAACAUCUUAAAAAUGCACCAAAGUUGAUCAUGACACAGAAGCAAAAUGUUGAGUCGUCAGAUUCCUCCUCAUCUUCUGACACAGACUCUUCCUCAGAUUCUGAUUCUGACAGCAGCAGUAGUAGCUCAGAGUCUUCGAGCAGCAGUGACUCCUCAUCCAGCAGUGACAGCAGCAGUGACUCAGAUGUUUCUAAAGCCAAAAGGAAGAGAACGCAAAAGAAAAAUAGAGAAUCUGAUAAAGUUUCCAGGAAAAAACAAGAAAGGAGAAGGAAAUCGCUUGAAAAGAAAAUUGGAAGGAGGCAGCAAGAGGAAAGAAGUGAUACUGAGAGCAAAUCAGAAAGAAAUCACCAACAUUUAAGAGAAUCACAUAGGAGAGAUGAUGUUUCAAAGUACCACCACAGAAAUGAAUCCAACGGCAGAGACGGUUACCACAGCGGAAAGGAUAGGAACCAUGAAAGAAGUAAGGAUCCAGAAAAUAAACACAGUAAUUCCAAACUGAAGAAAGCAGAAAGAAGAACUUCUCUGUCUGAUGAUGAAAAUAACAGACGUAGGAAUAAAGACGAUGGACAUCGUAGUAGUAGGAAAAGAGAGAGAUCCAAGUCCCGCGAGAGGGAGCGCGGCCGCUGCAGCCCCCGGGAGCAGGAGCAGGAGGUGCGUUCCAGGAACGGCUCGGAGAGGCAGCGGGACAGGCACAGCCGGUACCCCGAGCAGCACAGGGAGUCCCGCAGGAGCCACGACAGGCGCAGGGAGAGCCCUCCUCACCGCUCCCCUCACCGCAGGGAGAGGGAGGGCUCCCCUCACCGCAGGGAGAGGGAGGGCUCCCCACACCGCAGAGAGAGGGAGGGCUCCCCACACCGCAGAGAGAGGGAGGGCUCCCCACACCGCAGAGAUAGCCCUCCACAGCGCUCCCCACACCACAGGGAGAGCCCUCCUCACCGCAGGGAGAGCCCUCCUCACCGCUCCCCUCACCGCAGGGAGAGCCCCCCACACCGCAGGGUGAGGGAGGGCUCCCCACACUGCAGGGAGAGCCCUCCUCACCGCUCCCCACACCGCAGGGUGAGGGAGGGUUCCCCUCACCGCAGGGAGAGGGAGGGCUCCCCUCACUGCAGGGAGAGCUCCCCUCACCGCAGGGAGAGGGAGGGCUCCCCACACCGCAGGGAGAGCCCUCCUCACCGCUCCCCUCACCGCAGGGAGAGCUCCCCUCACCGCAGGGAGAGGGAGGGCUCCGCACACUGCAGGGAGAGCCCUCCUCACCGCUCCCCACACCGCAGGGAGGGCUCCCCACACCACUCCCCAUACCGCAGAGAGAGCCCCCCUCACCGCUCCCCACACCACAGGGAGAGGGACAGCUCCCCUUACCGCAGGGACAGCACCCCUCACUGCUCCCCACACCACAGGGAGGACAGCUCCCCUCGCCGCAGGGAGAGCCCCCCUCACCGCUCCCCUCGCCGCAGGGAGAAGGACAGCUCCCCUCGCCACAGGGAGAGCUCCCCUCACCGCUCCCCGCGCCGCUCCCCACACCGCAGGGACAGGGACAGCUCCCCUCGCCGUAGGGACAGCUCCCCUCACCGCUCCCUGCACCGCAGGGAGAGGGACAGCUCCCCUCGCCGCAGGGAGAAUGACAGCUCCCCUCGCCACAGGGAGAGCUCCCCUCACCGCUCCCCGCGCCGCAGGGAGAGGGACAGCUCCCCUCGCCGCAGGGAGGGCUCCCCUCACCGCUCCCCUCACCGCUCCCCUCGCCGCAGGGAGGGCUCCCCUCACCGCUCCCCGCACCGCAGGGAGAAGGACAGCUCCCCUCGCCGCAGGGACAGCUCCCCUCGCCGCAGGGAGGGCUCCCCACACCGCUCCCCUCACCGCUCCCCUCGCCACAGGGACAGCUCCCCACACCGCUCCCCACACCGCAGGGAGGGCUCCCCACACCGGCGGAAAUGAACCCAGCUCCCUUGGCGAUCAAGGUGCAUUUCCAAGCUGGUAGAACUGUAUUUUAAAAUCUAUUCCUGAGGUUUCUUUGAAAAGAAGAUUUUGUACAAAGUGAUAGUUUGCAUUUGUAAAUUUUACCAGACUUUUUUCAAAUUUUCAGUAACACUUUUUUUAUAACUGUAUCAUUGAAUCUUUCUGUUAUGUUCUUUGUUUGGAAAGACAAAGCUCUUUUAUUUUGUGAAUAAAACAGUAAGAUACCAGCAAA